GUUCUCUCUCUCUCUCUCUCUCGUCAUUCUCAGCUUCCACUUUCCCAUACGAACUGCAGCAAGCUCUUAACUUCAGAGCGAUUGAAGUUCCUGAAUCUCAUCUCCUUUGCUUGUUUCGGGUCCAUUUCUGAGCCGCCACUGGGCUGCUCUGUAAACACUUUGAUCCUUCUGAACGUUUCUUCUUUGGAAAUUGAAUUGAGGUUUUCGCGUGGAAGGAUGUUUUCUUCGAGUAGUAGUACUUCGUACCGAACAGGUAAUGGAGGCAGCAGAUACCGGAGAUCCAUGGCGCUGUAGGCCCAGUUUGCGGGCCAUCCAAGAUGAUCUUCCCCAUGUAUCUUUCAAGCCACCAACAUCGUCAUCAGCAUCCGACUGCAGUUCUCCUCAAGAUAAGUCCACCACCACCGAUGGGCCAAACCCGCACCUACCGCAAGAUGCGAAGUGGUGGCUGCUUUUGCGACCCGACUUAGGGCAGCAGCUAAAUACAUUGGAGGCUGAACUUUCUUCCCUUAGUGGCCGAUAUGGGACUGAAACGGCCAAAUACAGCAAGGAUCAUCAACUGCAUGAAGAAUUUUCUGCCCCUACCUGUAUGAAGGACGAUACUCAGUCUUCAGUACCGCCUCCGUCUGAUCAUCACUCUCAGGAUUUGGAAUUCGAUAGUCUGAACUGUUUGGCUGCUGGCCAGGCCAAGAAGCACUCCCCUGAGAUGGAAUUGCUGUGGAUGGGAGGUAAGAAGGCUGGACCAUGGUGGAGAAGUGCGGGUAAGGAUGAGCUGGCUUCCUUGGUUGCUCAGAAAUCGCUCGAACAUAUUGAGAACUGUGAUCUUCCACAACCUCAGAAGAAACAUUUCAGGGAGCAGCCAUCUAAUUAUGUACAUAAUGUUGAUCGUAAAAGUUCGAUAUCUUCAACUGUAGAGUUGAUCUCAGAGAAAGGUCUGAGCACACAGGAAAUCAUCAAUUCACUGAGUAUGGAUGAAAUAGACUCCAUUGCUAGUGAUAGUGCUUGGAUUCGUGAUGUCUUGGAUGGAACCUUCAGCUGCGGUGAUAUAUACACUUUUAUCUUCCACUGCAGUGGCAGUCACAGUGAAACUGUCGCCGAGGAUCAGAGGAAUCCGCAGAAAGGACCCGAGAACAAUUAUAGCACAUCUCAGCUGUUAGAAGCUCUGUGCCACUCUCAGACACGUGCAAGGGAGGCUGAGGAAGCAGCCCAACAAGCAUACACUGAGAAAGAGCAUAUCGUUACUCUCUUCUUCCGGCAAGCAUCCCAGCUCUUUGCUUACAGACAGUGGAUUCAGCUGUUGCAGCUCGAGAGCUUCUACCUCCAGCUGAAAAACAGAAAUCUCCCAGCACCCGAUCUUUCCCCGGGAAUACUACCCUGGGUUCCACAAAAAGGGAAGACACGAGUGCUGGAAGCGCCACAUAAAACUGGGAAGAGAGGGCAUGGGAAGGGCAGAUCCGCUGUUGGUCUUGCAGUGGGCUUAGGCCUCGCCGGUGCAGGCUUCCUUCUCGGUUGGACUAUGGGUUGGUUUUUAUUUUCCCCCUGAAUCAACCCUACUUGUGAAUGAUGGAUGCCGGUCCCAAUUUUAGUCUCUGAUCAAGCCAAGACUGUCCCGCGAACAUGAUCACAUCUUAAGAGAAAAUAUGUUCAAGGUAAGUGGUGUACAUUUAUUCAUUGUGUUGUGGAAGUUCUGCACAUGGCUCUUGACGUGCUUAAAUUCGAUGUCACUUCAGAUGGAGAAGAUCUUCGAAGCGUAUAUAUAAUGAUUUGCUGUAUAUAUGAAUAUUGUAUAUGUACCAGUCAUCUGAUAGAUCUCACAAUUGAUGUAUGUAUGAUGUUCGGUUUUCUGAAUAAAAAAUGCCGAGAGGAGUUGUACUUUUGGCGGUCAAUC